AUGAAUUCAAGUUCAACUUCAAAUUUUAAUGGUUUCGUUUUACCAUGGUGGCUUUUGCCAAGUGACGCAUCGCCUGGGUGGAACAACAAAGCAGACAAUGCGUGGCAACUGAGUGCGGCAACCUUAGUGGGCCUACAGAGUGUUCCUGGGCUUGUGAUUCUGUACGGCAGCAUGGUAAAGAGAAAAUGGGCGGUGAACUCGGCCUUCAUGGCCCUGUACGCAUUUGCCUGCGUGCUGAUCUGUUGGGUUUUGUGGGCCCACCGCAUGGCGUUCGGUGCGAAGCUUUUGCCGUUGGUGGGAAAGCCCAACCACGCUCUGGCGGGGAAGUUUCUCCUUGCGAAGUCAACGAUUGGGUAUUUCCCGAUGGCUGACUUUGUGUUCUAUCAGUUUGCUUUUGCGGCAAUCACUGUUGUGUUGCUCGCAGGGUCUUUGCUCGGGAGGAUGAAUUUCUAUGCGUGGAUGGUUUUUGUGCCUUUCUGGCUUACGCUGUCUUACACUGUUGGUGCCUUCAGUAUAUGGGAUGAACAUGGCUUCCUUCAGGGAAAAAUUAUUGAUUAUGCUGGUGGAUUUGUCAUUCAUUUGUCUUCCGGCGUUGCAGGUUUCACAGCAGCUUAUUGGGUUGGUCCAAGAAUUUCACAUGACCGACAAAACUUUCCACCAAAUAACAUAAUUCACAUGCUUGGAGGUGCAGGGUUUUUGUGGAUGGGUUGGACAGGGUUUAACGGUGGAGCUCCAUUCCAAGUGGGAGAAAUUGCAUCGUUGGCCAUCUUCAAUACCCAUUUAUGCACUGCCACAAGCUUACUUGUUUGGCUUACACUUGACAUGAUUGUGUAUACCAAGAGCUCAGUCAUAGGUGCCGUCCAAGGAAUGAUCACUGGCCUCGUUUGCAUCACACCAGGCGCAGGAUUGGUGGAUUCAUGGGCAGCAGUAUUGAUGGGAGCUUUGUCUGGUUCCAUUCCAUGGUAUACUAUGAUGGUGUUACAUAAAAAAUCAGCAUUCUUUCAAAGCGUGGAUGAUACACUAGGAGUUUUUCACACUCAUGCUGUGGCUGGUCUUCUUGGGGGACUCCUUUCUGGAGUCUUUGCCAAACCUAAGCUUCUAAGACUAAUGUAUCCCGAGUUGCCUUAUUACCCUGGCUUAUUCUACAGCUUUUUUGAUGCGAAAUUGGGUCUUGGCUUUAGGCAAAUAGGGUUCCAAUUACUAGGAGCAGGUUUUGUUGUUGUUUGGAAUGUCCUUGUUACUAGCCUCAUUUGUAUUCUUAUAAGUCGUAUCGUGGAUCUUAGGAUGCAAGAAGAGGAUCUUGAGGUUGGUGAUGAUGCUGCUCACGGGGAAGAAGCAUAUGCAUUAUGGGGUGAUGGAGAGAGAAUGAGGGUUCCUCUUCGUCUUCAUAUAAGUCCAACUAUUCCUUCCUUGUGUCGGAGAAAGUUUUCAAUUCCUCUCACCAGGAAUGAAGAAGAAUAG